AUGGCCAUCUGCAUUGAUUGCCCUAUUGAUGAGCGAGAGGCCGGUUCAGGUCGGCAGCAAAAGCACUUUAACCAAGGCUUCGAUUCACGACUCGCCAGGGACAUUCGAUGCAUUCCUUAUGCCAUGCAUUACUCUCGGGACGGCGCGAAGUUUGCAGCCAUUAAAGCCACAGACAAUAGUAGGCUCUGGGUCGACCGGUUUGGUACUGGGGAGGAAUGUCUGAUGACAACCUAUAGAUGUGGGGGCCCAGUACCGAGUAAGCGUAACUCCCGACUCCAAUUAGUAAUUGAGUAUACUUCUGUUUGUAAUAAUAAGCCAAGGCUUUUGUUCCUGCAUCAAGCCGAUGUAGGUACAGCCCCGCAUGCUCUUGUCCCCACGUUAGACUGCAUUUCCGACCUACCUAGGUACCUACUAACAAACAUUGUCGCCACCUUCCCUUUCCCGGAGCUCACAAACAAGCCACACCACGCCACUGAAGCUGUCACAGUGACACCAGGGGAGGGGCAGAUCUAUCCCGCUUGCCCAAUUUGCGUAUCAAUCGUGAAAUACGAGCCUGAUACAGAACAUACUUUAUCCGCAAUUCCACCUCAGCUGAAUGUGACUGCACUCAGCCAAAACACCAACACCGUCAAAACUCAUGAUAGUGGGAAGCAAAAGAUGGUUAUGGAUCAAUAUGGAAUCGUUCAUCAACAACUUCAUGUUCCCGUCACCCUACAGGUCCACGAGUUGUUUACAGUUUCCGGCUCUCCCGCUUCAACCGGUUCGCAGAAUCAGACGCCACUUACAGUACAGCAAGUCUCUAGACCCAAGUGGCACGGUCCAACAAAGGCAGUACUUGCCACAUUAUUACGUUCUGACUUCCUGAAAUGGGUCGUCCAGAUUGAUCGAUCCCCUUCUUGGAGGAUCGCAGACAAUAGGCUUGGCUCUCGAUUCAGGCUUGGCAUUCACGAGCUGAAUGAGGCAUCGGUCAGGUUUCAGAACGACAAAAUGCUAACAACAAGCUUUGUGCCCACAUGGAUUUGUCUCGUUUCCAGCCACCCGGGACAAUCUCUUGUGCCAUGCGCUGGACCCCGGUCGACUAGUCUGAGACACGCCUACACCAAGACCAACUUUCUGGGAACCUCUAGCCACACUUUACAGCUCAAACAUAAUCGUCACCCCUCCGCUUCUUGCACGCUAUUCCAUCUAGACCUAUGGCUGUCCGGCUCGACGUUGGCUGGUCUAGUCGUGGUCAUCCAAGUGGAUGUCCGUGAUCCGCUUCGUACAGCUUCUGUCGCGAUGCCCGACCUCAUUGUCUCGCUGUCUAGCCGCAGUGGCGUGGUCGCCGAAUACUGGUUCUCCCUCCGGGCAAGAGAAGAAAACUUUAAUAUGCUCGUCCCCGAUUCCUUGGCUGAGUCUGGCGCAGAAAAUUAA